CCAGGUCCUGGGCAAGAGAACUUGGCAGGCUCUCUCCAUGACCGUCUUACUCCUCCUCCUUCUGUUUCUACAUGGACCCCACCAGGCUGCUGCAGACAACAUCCAGACCAUCUAUGUAGCCUUGGGGGAGGCGAUGGAGCUGCCGUGCCCCUCACCACCCGCCCUGAGUGGAGACGAGCUCCUGUCCUGGUUCCGCAGCCCUGCAGCAGGCUCCUCCACUGCCCUGGUGGCCCAAGUGCAAGUAGCCAGGCCAGCCCCAGACCCCGGGAGGCCCACAAGGGUAUCCAGGCUGAAACUGCUGGGGAACUACUCGUUGUGGCUGGAAGGGUCCAAGGAGGGAGACGCCGGUCGAUACUGGUGUGCUGUGCUGGGUCAGCAACACCAGUACCAGAACUGGAGGGUAUAUGAUGUCUCCGUGCUCCGAGGAUCCCAGCUAUCCGCGAGGGCUGCAGAUGGACCCCCCUGCUCUGUCCUCUUAUGCUCUGUGGCCCCUGCCAGACGCCUAGACUCUGUGACCUGGCUAGAGGGAAAGGGUCCUGUGAGGGGUCAUGUACAGUCAUUUUGGGGCAAUGGGGCUGCCCUGCUCUUGGUGUGUCCUGAGGAGGGGCUCUCUGAGUCCGGGGAACAUAGACCAAGAAUCAUCCGCUGCCUCAUGCCUCACAACAAAGGGGUCAGCUUUAGCCUGGCAGCCUCCAUGGAUGUCUCCCCUGCCCUCUGUGCCCCUUCCAUGGGCUGGGAUGUGUCCUGGAUCCUGAUGCUGUUGCUCACAGUGGGUCAGGGGUUCACCAUCCUAGCCCUCAGCAUCAUGCUCUGCAGACAGAGGGUCCAGGGGGCUCAGUGCAGAGGAAACCACAUGCGAUGCUUCUGCUUCGAGUGCAAAGGAGGCCCCAGCAGCUCCUGCAAAGAAACGGUGGCCACCUGCGGGGAGGAGGAGUGCUGCGGCUUCUUGGAGCUCAAACCCCAGCCGGGAGGGCAGAACAAGCUGUGUGGAAACCCCUCGGUGACCUUGAUUCAUCACUAUCCAGCCUGCGUGGCGGCCCAUCAUUGCAAUCAAGUGGAAACAGAGUUGGUGGGAGAUGUGACUUACACAACCCACAGGGACUGCUGCGUCGGAGACCUGUGUAACAGCGCCGUGGCAAGCACCGUGGCCCCGCCAUGCAUCUUGGCUGCAGCAGCCACCGCCCUGGCCUGGCUCUUGCCAGCGCUGUGGAGAGGCUAG